AUGACGCUCCAAUCAGGUCUUUUGUUCAUCUUUGACGGCCUGGAUGAAAGCAGACUUUCAUUGGAUUUCACCAACAGGAAGCUGCUGUCUGAUGUCACACAGAAGUCAUCAGUCAGCCAGCUGCUGACAAACCUCAUCCAGGGGAAUCUGCUUCCCUCGGCUCUCGUCUGGAUAACUUCCCGACCUGCAGCAGCCAAUCAGAUCCCUCCUACAUGUGUUGACAGGCUAACAGAAGUACGAGGCUUCACUGACGCCCAGAAGGAGGAGUACUUCAGGAGGAGAUUCAGUGAUGAAGAGCUGUCCAGCGAAAUCAUCUCCCACAUGAAGACAUCCAGGAGCCUCCACAUCAUGUGCAGUAUCCCAGUCUUCUGCUGGAUCACUGCUACAGUUCUGGAGCACAUGUUGACUACAGAGCAGAGAGGAGAGCUGCCCAAGACCCUGACUGACAUGUACUCACACUUCCUGCUGGUUCAGACAAAGAGGAAGAAGAACAAGUACCAUGAGGGACAUGAGACGAGUCCACAGGAGCUGACGGAGGCUGACAGGGAAGUUCUUCUGAAGCUGGGUAGGCUGGCGUUUGAACAUCUGGAGAAAGGAAACAUCAUGUUCUACCAAGAAGACCUGGAGCAGUGUGGUCUGGAUGUGACAGAGGCCUCAGUGUACUCAGGAGUUUGUACAGAGAUCUUCAAAAGAGAGUGUGUGAUCUUCCAGAAACCAGUCUACUGCUUUGUUCAUCUGAGCAUUCAGGAGUUUCUGGCUGCAGUCUACAUGUUCCACUGUUUCACCAACAGGAAGGAAGAGGUGCUGAAGAAGUUCCUAGGACAAACUUUUUGGGAAUCAUCUCUGGACGACUUCCUGAACAGACCCAUGAAGAAAUCCCUCCAGAGUAAAAAUGGCCACCUGGACCUGUUUGUUCGCUUCCUUCAUGGCCUCUGUCUGGAGUCCAACCAGAGACUCUUAGGAGGUCUGCUGGGUCAGACAGAGAACGGUCCAGAAACCAUCCAGAGAGUCAUCAACAACCUGAAGAAGAUGAACAGUGAUGACAUCUCUCCUGACAGAAGCAUCAACAUCUUCCACUGUCUGAUGGAGAUGAACGACCUCUCAGUACAUCAAGAGAUCCAAGAGUUCCUGAAGUCAGAGAACAGAUCAGAGAGGAGACUCUCUGAGAUCAACUGCUCAGCUCUGGCCUUCAUGCUGCAGAUGUCAGAGGAGGUUCUGGAUGAGUUGGACCUGAGGAAGUACAACACAUCAGAGUGGGGACGACAGAGAUUGAUUCCAGCUGUGAGGAACUGCAGAAAGGCUCGACUGACUCAGUGUGGACUCUUAACGACUCACUGUGAAGUUGUGACCUCAGCUCUGAAGUCCAACCCCUCCCAUCUGACAGAGUUGGACAUGAGUAGAAACAAGCUGCCGGAUUCAGAAGUGAAGUUUCUGUGUGCUGGACUGGAGAGUCCAAACUGUCGACUGGAGACUCUGAGAUUGUGGACCUGUGGUUUGUCAGAGAUCAGCUGUGAUUAUCUGGCAGCAGCGCUGCCAGCUACACUAACACUUUCUCAUCAGACACUGCCACCUGGUGGAGGAAGUCUCAGUUCCAUUUGA